AUCUUUGAUUACAUUUGUUUGAUAAGAGAGUCCUCUGGUUAAUCACACAAACAGUGAUAUAAUGAUUAAACAUAUAUUAAGACAACCGAUAAAUGUAUUGAUUGGACAAUCAUUGACACAAAGACAUGCUUUUCACACAUCACCAGUACUUCAAUGGAUUACAAAACAAACGCGACUUCGGGUGGUAGACAACAGUCAGUUGGGUCGGGAGGCUAUGACUGAUGGCAGCAAAGUUAAGUGCAUUCAUGUCUAUACAAAGAAAAAGACCGGAACUAACCAACCAGUCGGACAAUUGGGUGAUAAAGUUUUGGUCACAAUAAAGGGUCAAAUGAAAAGAGGAUAUCUCGUCGGUCUUCGCGCUUAUCAAAGACCAAUGGUUCCCAAAUUUGACACAAAUAAUGUGGUACUCAUUGAAGAUAAUGGCAAUCCAUUGGGCACUAGAGUAGCGGUUCCGGUGCCGAACUAUCUCCGUAGUAAAGGACCCGAAUUGGCCAAAAUCAUUGCCAUCAGCUCAAGAUUUGUCUGAUUUGGACUUCAUUUGUCAAAUCAUUUUGUUUGCUAAUUAGUCAAUCAAUUGUUAGUAUU